UCUUUUUCCCUAUUCAAUCGGGAAAGAGGCAUUUCUGUGCAUUACGUGGCAAGUUUUCCGGCAAUCGUUAUUUUUUUCUUGGCAUCAGACCUGCGAAGGAAAGGGCACCCCCAUAAGUGGUAUUGAGCACUCUGCCAACCAGAGCCGCACAGCAAAAGUUCUGUCCUGGGAGUUUUGGAGGAGCUUGACGAUGGCAAAGUGGGGAAAAGCUAUGGAUGGUGCGCGCGGCUCUAGUCAACAGCCUGGGGUACGUGGAGGACUCGCAACAGGGGCAAUGAUCAUGAAGAGUGUUUCCAUAUUUCUGGCCAGUGGCAGACGUGCCUCGAACAACGCCAGGGCUGCAGGUGCCACGGAUAAAGAUGCCAGCAGUAGUGGAACUCAAACUGCUGCAUCCACGAGCAGUGAUCCCACGAAGAAGAGACGAAAGAAGCCCAAACCACCGAUGGAGGACGCGUCUGGGAAAAUUAAUCCCAAACUCCUCGAUUCACUCAAGAAGAAAACCCACUUUUCCAGAAUUGAACUGGAGGCGCUCUGUCGAAUCUACAAAAAACUCGUUACAAAUUGUCACGUUACAUCGAGAGUUCUGGCAGCCAAUAAUCCGGGGUCGGUUAUUGCAAAGCCCCAUGCUACAAUUGAGGGAAUUGACCGGGCAGUGUUUAGAGAACUUUUGCACAGCACAUUCGACAUUGUGACGGAAGAGACUCUGAUGGAGAGGAUCUUUUGUGCCUGGGAUACAGGGUACGAAGGAAUGCCACUGAGGCUCGAAGGAUGGAUCGUUGGCUUAUCCAUCUUUUUACGAGGUUCCGAAGCAGAGAAAGUAGCAUUUUGCUUUAGGGUUUAUGAUCUCAAUAGCGAUGGUUACAUUACAAAGGACGAAAUGUUCAUCCUUCUGAGGAAUUGUCUGAUAAAACAACCCCAAGAUGAAGAUCCGGAUGAAGGAGUUCGGGAUUUGGUAGAGAUUGCUCUGAGGAAGUUUGACAUUGAUAAGGAUGGAAAAGUGAGCUUUCAGGACUUUUCAACAGCCGUAACGGAAGAACCUCUGCUGCUGGAAGCCUUUGGACAGUGUCUUCCCUCUGAGGGUGCAACCAUUUCUUUCCUAUCCACACUUCAGGCUUAAGAAUCUCAAUAUGGUUAAAUUGUUGCUGUUUGAAUUACCUUUUGACUAUCUGUAGGCGAAUAAUUUUUAGUACAUUGGAAGCAAGUUGAGUCAAAAAUCCUCAUAAUUAAUAAGUUCAACAAAUUGCGAAAAGUCAAUUCAUCUUAGGACAUAAUUACAAGAACAAUGUUUAAUUAUGGAAAUUGUUAUUAUUGGGAAACGUAAUCCCGUCUUUAAAAAAAAUGAAAUAAAAACUCGUCACAAUUCUGCUGGACUCACAUUAUUAUGAUAAAUAUUUGAAAAUUAUACGCAACUAGUCAUUAAAAUGUUCAAUGUCAA